AUGCCGGCGACGGCGGGGUGGGUGCGGAUGCCGCAGAGCAACCGCGUGGCAGUUUCUGCUUCCUUGCGAACGCAUGCAAUCUGGACGGACAGCGUGGGCUACGACCCCUACGCGCCCAGCAGCAGCAGCAGCAGCAGCAGCAGCAGCAGCAGCAGCAGCAGCAGCAGCAGCGCGGAAGACCCCCUCAAGGACAAGGCCAAAGAGCUCCUCACUCUCGCCAGACUCACCGGCACCCUCAGCACACACACCCCCGGGGCCUGCACCAAGUGCAACCAAGGUAAGCUAGCUAGCUAG